AUGGAGGAUCAUUCCACAUUCCCUCGCAUCUUUAGUAUGUUCUUCAUUACCACUGUAGCAUUUUUUGCAACGAGCGUUUUAUCGAUUGGGAUAAACUACGGUCAAAUCGCCAACAAUCUUCCCUCACCGGACGACGCAGUGGCGUUGGUGAAAUGCGUCGGAGCAACGAAAGUGAAGCUCUACGACGCAGAUCCGCGGGUUCUGAAAGCGUUCGCCAACACCGGAGUGGAAGUAAUGGUAGGUCUGGGCAACGAGUACUUGUCCAGAAUGAAAGAUCCAACGAAGGCGCAGGCAUGGAUCAAAGCCAACCUCCAACCCUACCUCCCGGCCACCAAAAUCACCUCAAUCUUCGUCGGGAAUGAGGUUCUCACCUUCAACGACACCUCUCUGACCUCGAACCUCCUCCCAGCUAUGCAGAGCGUGCACACGGCGCUCCUCAACCUCGCCCUCGACAAACAAAUAACCGUCACCACCACGCACUCCUUAGCCGUGCUCCAAACCUCGUAUCCUCCUUCGGCAGGAGCCUUCCGUACGGACCUGGCUCCGUGCCUGGCUCCCAUCCUGAGCUUCCAAGCCAAAACCGGAUCUCCCUUCCUCAUCAACGCGUACCCUUACUUCGCCUACAAGGCCAACCCCAAACAGGUUCCCUUGGACUUCGUGCUAUUCCAACCCAACCAGGGGAUGGUGGACCCCUCCAGUAACCUCCACUACGAUAACAUGUUGUUUGCGCAGAUCGACGCCGUGUAUUCCGCGUUGACCUCUUUGGGCUACGGGAAAUUGCCGGUUCACAUUUCGGAAACUGGUUGGCCUUCGAAGGGGGAUGAAGACGAAGCCGGUGCGAACCUGGAGAACGCGAAGAAGUAUAAUGGGAAUCUCAUUAAGAUGGCUAUGAGUAGCAGCAAGAAGGGCACACCGUCCAGGCCCAACACCGAUUUGAACAUUUACGUUUUCGCUCUGUUUAACGAGAACAUGAAGCCUGGCCCAACUUCCGAACGCAACUAUGGGCUUUUUAAGCCCGAUGGGACCCCUGCUUACCCCCUUGGCUUCUCUCUGGCUUCUGCCCCCAACGACGCCGUUAGUAACAGCACCGGUGCCGGCACCCCUCCGCGGCCACCUACCUCUUCCACCGGAUAUUUGUCCAUUUCCUCUGCUCCCUCUCUGGAGAGACGUUGGUUAUCCUCUGUGGUGGCGCUGAUGGUGGGGUUGAUUUUGAAGUUUUAA